UAAUGCUGCUACUCUAGAAAUGAUGAAAAAAUUCAUGUCUUUUUGUUUCCAGAGGCUAAUUAACUUGAUGCUCGUUGGGAGUUGAAGACAAAUUUCUUGGGCAGAAUGGGAUUUGAUAAUGAGUGCAUACUGAAUAUCCAAUCUCUGGCCGGAGAAUACUUCUGUCCUGUUUGCCGCCUACUUGUCUACCCAAAUGAAGCAUUACAGUCACAACGCACCCAUCUUUACUGCAAACCAUGUUUAACCUAUGUUGUCAGCACUACUCGAGCUUGUCCUUAUGAUGGUUACUUGGUAACAGAAGUCGAUUCUAAGCCACUUGUUGAGUCAAAUAAGGCACUUGCUGAGACGAUUGGGAAGAUCACUGUUCAUUGUCUCUAUCAUAGGAGUGGCUGCACGUGGCAGGGUCCUCUUUCUGAAUGUACAACUCAUUGUUCAGGUUGUGCAUUUGGCAAUUCUCAUGUUGUAUGUAAUCGGUGUGGUGUUCAGAUUGUGCAUCAUCAAGUUCAAGAACAUGCACAAAAUUGCCCUAGGGUGCAGCCUCAGGCUCAACAGAUUGUGAGUGGUCAGGAAAUUUCAACCUCGGGCAUCACUUCUGAUCAGAUUCAGGUUACCUCUCAGGUAGGAACAACUGCUUCUCAGGCCCAGACAUCUCAAACUACAACAUCCAGUACAUCUGUUCAUGACCUGAGUCAGCCGGCCAAUCCAAAUCCUCAGUCUCAAGUUGUCUCCCAGGUUGCUGUGGUUACUUCAGAACACUGGUCUCAACAAUAACAACAACAAUAGCAGCAAUACUACCAGCAGUAUUCUGGAUAUGACCCAUAUUAUCAGCAACAAUACCCAUAUCAACAGCAGGCAUUUCCACAAUACCAGCUGCAACCUUUGCAGGUUAACGAAUCACAUAUGGCUGGACAAAAUCCAGUCUACUUGCAGACCCAAC